CUCCUACCUCACUACUUCUACCUUGACAAUGGUGGUGAAGUAUUUAGUUGAGUUCCCAAAAGUUUACGAUCAAGUCCUCGUAGAACAAUCUGAGAUUGCGAAGUCCAAAGCAACGGACGAACUUCUAAAUUGGAGUGACAUUCAAAAGAUGAAGUACUCAUGGAAUGUGGUUAGUGAAGUAAUGCGACUUGCAACACCUGCGCCAGGAGGUUUUAAACAAGCCAUGGCAGAUUUCUCGUACGCAGGGUAUCACAUACCAAAAGGAUGCAAGCUAUAUUGGAGCUCAAUGGCAACACAUAAAAAUCCUGAUAACUUCCCGGAUCCAGAGAAAUUUUAUCCUUCGAGGUUUGAAGGGGGCGGUCCGGCUCCAUUCACAUAUGUUAAUGGAGUUCAAAUGCUUGUCUUCGUUCACAAUCUCGUAAGGAGGUACAAGUUGGAGAAAUCGUUCCCUUUGAAUCCUGAGGACGAAGAGAAGUUGAUAUUUAAACCAUUUCCAACACUUACCGGAGGGCUCCCUAUUCGUAUUCGAGCUCACUAGGAAGAAAGAGCUCCACACUCUCUAUAGCCGAUGAAUAUAAUUACUCACGUAGUAUCUCCUCCCAUUAAAAUAAAGUCUGGUAUAGAGUAUCAAUCUGUUUUUACUCUUUUGAAUAUCUAUUUCUUUUCUUCCUAAUAGCUACCGACGGGCUUUAUCAAUAUCUACUUGAUUCGACUGUAAUAUUUAUAUUAGUCGGUUAGUCCUACUAAUGCUUAAAUAUCUUUUACUAAUUAUAUCAUUCAUUUACUAAGUGGCU